AUGACCAAUUCACGUAGCAGCGUUCUGCUGGUGACGACGCUGCUGGGCAGCGCAACCGCCAUUAACAAUGGUCUCGCUAUCACACCACCAAUGGGCUGGAAUAAUUGGAACGCCUUUGGAUGCGACGUCUCCGAAGACCUUCUUCUUACGACCUCUUCACAAAUCCUAAGCCUAGGAUUGCGAGAUCUGGGUUACAACUAUGUUGUGCUGGACGACUGUUGGCAAGAUCCAAAAGGUCGGGAUGAGGAUGGAAAACUCCAUCCAGCGCUCGACAAGUUCCCCAACGGCUUGAACUCCAUCUCAGAUCAUCUGCAUAGUCAAGACCUCAAGUUCGGCAUGUACAGCAGCGCCGGUGAGAUGACAUGUGCGAGGUUCGAGGGGUCACUAGACCAUGAGGUUGACGAUGCAAAAAGCUUUGCAGGUUGGGGUGUCGACAUGUUGAAGUAUGACAGCUGCUACCACAUGGGUCGCGUUGGCACACCAUCAGUGUCGUUCAAUCGCUUCAAAACCAUGUCUGAUGCUUUGAAAGCGACAGGAAAGAACAUUCUCCUCAAUUUGUGCAACUGGGGAGAGGAUCUUGUUCACACUUGGGGAAUGAGUAUAUCUAACAGCUGGCGCAUCACGGGUGAUAUCUACGACUCUUUCACACGUCCUGAUGACCUCUGUGGAUGCAACAGUUUGGCACCAGGCGAUGUCAACUGCGUAGCACCAGGUACACAUUGCUCGGUACUUUUCAUUCUCAACAAAGUCGCCCCUUUUGCCGACCGUAGCAUUCCUGGGGGUUGGAGCGAUCUGGAUAUGCUUGAAGUCGGUCAGGGCGGUAUGACCGACGAAGAAUACAAAGCGCACUUUGCGCUCUGGGCCGCGCUCAAAUCUCCGCUCUUCCUUGGUAACGAUCUGCGUAAUAUGCCAGCUUCUGCUCUUAGCAUCAUCAACAACCCUGCCAUCAUUGCGCUUAGCCAGGAUCCCCAUGGGCGAAGUGUAACACGCGUUAGAAGGGACACGGAAGGUGUAGCGAAAGAUGAGUGGGGUGUUGGUGAGACACACGUCUGGGCUGGACAUCUCCAAAAUGGAGACGAAGUCGUGAUACUCCUUAACGCUGGUGGCAAGGACAUGGAGAUGAGCGUCUCACUGGCCGAGAUAUUCAUACCAUACGGACCCGGUGGAUCAGCACCGCACGUGAAGUAUGAUUGGGCCGUACACGACCUCUGGGCUCAUCGCAUGCCUGAAGCUACCGCCGAAGAACUACUCAGCGCAGAUACUCAUGUGCAGAGAGAAUCCAUUCUCUCAAAGGCCAAUUGGUACAAUGCUACUGAGAUCCCUUACGCCAAAGGCCUCGCUCAAGAGGAUGCGCGACUAUUUGGAGAGAAGAUUGGCGUAGUUGAAGCUGGUGGAAUGCUCAAGGCAGAUGUGAAGAGUCACGCUGCGCGAGUUCUACGUCUACGUAGAGUUAAGAAGGAGGGAGAUGCAUUCGAGGCAAAGAGUAUCUCGAGAGAAGAUGGCAACGAAAGGGACGAAUUGUAA